AUGAAUAUAACAAAUAGUGCGCCGGUUUCAGAGAAGAGGUGUAAAUUGGUUAUUAUUGGUGAAUCGGCAGUUGGAAAAACAUGCCUCGCUUUGAAAUUCACAAGAGGGAGGUUUGACGGCACUGCAUCAGCCACACUGGGCGCCGCGUUCUUGGUUGGUGGGCUGGACAUGGGCAGCAGUAAGAUGAAAUUUGACAUUUGGGAUACGGCGGGAGCUGAGAAAUAUAGCAUUCUAACGCCCAUGUAUUAUCGAAAUGCACAGGCUGCCUUGGUGGUCUACGAUAUUACGUACGAGAAUUCUUUUAAUAGGGCUAAGAGCUUGUCGUGGGUGCGAGAAUUGCGAAGACAGGCCAGUCCAAACAUUGUUAUCACAUUGGUUGGAAACAAGGCAGAUCUUGCAGACGGGAGAACGGUUAUUACUGAGGAGGCACGGGCAUAUGCCGAAGAAAAUGGCCUAUUGUUUAUGGAAACGUCAGCCAAAACAGCGAUGAACGUCAACGAACUGUUCAUGGCUACAGGCCAAAGAGUUCCUAUACAGACUUUUCCAGGAGAUGGUAACAGGAGGUCUAAUACAGGGAACAUAUCUUUAAAUGGCGAAGAACAAGAACAACAAAAAGAUUGCAAGUGCUAA